AUGGCACCCUACGAUGCGUUAUACGGAAGGAAGUGUAGAUCUCCCUUAUACUGGGACGAAGUAGGAGAAGGAAGGAUCUAUGGUACGGAGACCCUUCAAGAGAUGAAGGAUCAGAUUUGCCAAAUAACGGAAAUGAUGAAGGCUACCCAAGAUAGGCAAAAGAGCUACGUUGAUCGUCGAAGAAGGACCCUAGAGUUUGAAGUUGGCGACUGGGUCUAUCUUAAAGUAUCGCCCACGAAAGGAGUCUUUCGGUUUGGAAAGAAAGGUAAGUUAAGUCCAAGAUAUGUGGGACGAUAUGAGAUUCUAGAGAAAGUAGGAGCAGUCGCUUAUAGGCUGGAUCUUCCCACUGAUUUCCAAGGAAUCCACAAUGUUUUCCAUGUAUCUUCUCUCAAGAAGAGUUUCAAAAAGCAAAUUCCAACCGUUGUUGACACGAGGGAUAUUUCACUUCAGCCCAACCUAACCUAUGAGGAAGUUCCAAUUCAGAUCACUGAUUGGAAGGAUAAGGAACUACGGAAUUGUAAAAUCCCCUUGGUUAAUGUUUUGUGGCGAAAUCAUAAUGUUGAAGAGGCCACACGGUAA